AUGCGCAUUGCCAAGCGGGCCGGAGACGGAGAUUGGGUAGUGACAACAGCAGCAGCAGCGGCAGCAGCAGCUGGUGAAGGAGGAGGAGGAGGAGGCGGCUAGACUGGAGCUAAAGCGAGUCGCUCCGGGGGGAAUGGACAGCAUUUAAGCCGGAACGGCUUUCUGCAAACCAGGUGAGACAUCAGUGAGUCAUGGAGGACGAAGGCAGCUUCAUAGAGUUUGAUGUGCCAGAGUUCAGCAACACUGUUCUUAAGCAGCUCAAUGAGCUGCGGCUCCAGGGUAAGCUCUGCGAUAUUAUUGUGCACAUCCAGGGCCGACCAUUCCAGGCACACAAAGCUGUGCUGGCUGCCAGUUCACCAUACUUCCGUGACCACUCGUCUCUAGGCACCAUGAGUGGGCUCUCCAUCUCGGUGAUCAAGAACCCGGCAGUGUUUGAGCAGCUAUUAACCUUUUGCUACACGGGACACAUGGAGCUGCAUCUGCGUGAUGUUGUUAGCUUCCUUACUGCCGCCAGCUUCCUGCAAAUGCAGGCUGUCAUCGACAAGUGUACCCAGAUCCUGGAGGGCCUCCAUUCAAAGAUCAGUUUGCCUGUGGUUUCUGGCCAAGCAGAAUCUGAAGAAGACCUCGAUUCUAGAGUGGGACACAAUGGUGCAAAAGAGAUGGGUAUUUUUUUGAAUCCUACCCAGAUUUCCCCACCCUAUUACCCUAGGAAAAGCCAUCGAGUAGAAGCAAGUGGAGGUGGAAAAGGGCUUGCGCACUUAGCAGAGGAGGGGCAAUCAGAUCGAGGGAGCGAUUGCGCUUCAGAGCAGGAGGCAUCAAUGGAAGUAGAGCCUGACCAAGUAGACUUGAUUGAAAAGAACGGGCAAGUCGCUGAUAUACACAUCAAGUUGGAAAAAACGGAGCGGCCCAGCUACUCAGACAGCUCUUCGGCGGGCGAUGAUAGCUUCCACACAGAACUGGUGGAUGGUGAGCAAGUUUUAGCUGUGACUGUGGGACCUUAUGGGCCAGUGCCACCCCCUGCUCAGUACACCUAUUCAGCACUUCCUUCAUCCUGCUUUGUCGGUAUCAGUCCAUCCAGUCCCUCUCAGUCAAUUCUCAGUGGAUUUCGAGGUGGCCGCACCAGACCUAGGCGGAAUAUGCCAGUCCCGGCUGAUGUACUUUCUCAGCUUAAGCCAGGCGCAGAGGAAGGAGAGGGAAUGGCAUCAGGAGUUGUUUUUGAGAAUGACGUGAGGGAACGAGGUCUCCGUGGCCAUUGGUAUCCUUUCAACGAGCGCCUUGUUUGUGUCUACUGUGGCAAGUCCUUCAACCAGAAAGGCAGCCUGGACCGCCACAUGCGUUUGCACAUGGGCAUUACUCCAUUCGUCUGCAAGUACUGUGGCAAGAAGUACACACGCAAAGACCAACUAGAGUAUCACAUCCGUGGCCACACGGACAAUAAACCCUUCCACUGCCAGAUUUGCGGCAAGUGCUUCCCUUUUCAGGGCACCCUCAACCAGCACUUGCGCAAGAAGCACAUGGGUUCCGGCGUCGAGGUGAACAACCACACAGGCCCACAGGGGGAAGCAGCAGAUGGCCAGCGAGGGGCGCCAGUGGAGGUUUCGGAGAUUGUGUACAACGAUACCUAUAAUGAUGAUGGGUCUGCAAAAACGAGCGAGGAGAGUGUAAAAGGCAGUGCCGAAGAACCCCCUGGGCCCAGAUGUGAUUAAGAUGUUGACCGUUUCUUGAGAAGUGGAUGUUGAACCUGCCUUGCGCAUUUUCUACUAGUACAUUUUUGUGAUCUGGUUUAAGAAGAGAUAAUGCAUUCUUGAUAAGCAAGUUUUUCAAAGGUGAGGGGAAUUGUAGUCAGGGAGAAGGAUUGAGUGAGACAUCUCAAUAAUUAAGGCCUUCAAAGAGUUUUUUUUUUUUUAUGUUUUUUUUAUAGAUAAAUAUUUCCAUGUUUUUAAGCAUAGAGUAAUAUAGGCAUGUUGCAAUAAUGAAUAAUGUGAAAGCUCAGUUAAGAUGCUUGUCAUAUCAUGCUUUUACCUGACCUGUUUUUGCACAUUUGGCCUCAAGUAGGCCAAUAACUCACAAGGAUUGGUUUUACCUACCAGUGCAAAAGCUCUGUGACACAUCUGUUCAAUACCUCAUCAUACAAUGUAACAUACUCACAAUAUGGCAGUAUUGUCAAAGUUUAUUCAGCUCCAACCGGGUUCUACCUCAGUCCAGAACCUGAAAGGAAGUGAACAAGCAUCUUGUUUUAAAAGGUUUCAGUUGCUUUACAUAGCAAUUUUGGCACAACACAUUUUCACUACACAAAGCUUUGGUACUACAUUGAACUGUUUGUUUGAGACUGUAUGAAAUCCAGACUGCUGUCAUUGGAUUUUUAAAAAUGCUAUGUUUCUGAGAAAGGUGCUUUUUGGGUGGUUAGGGUUAAGUUAGGUUAUAGUCUCCCUGCUUUAAGGAUGGGGAAUUAAACACCAGAUAUUAUGAAUUGUAUAGUUAUUUACAGUUUGGGUGUACAACAGCAAGUAAAUAUCAAGCAUAACUGAUUAUAAUGCAAGAAAACCCAUUUCCUCUAGAUUUUUAGAGAUUUUAAUACAAGAAAGUCAGUAUAUUUUUUGAAGACAAUAAUCAGAAGAGCUGAUGUUGAUUUUAGUUUUACUGCCACAAUAUUCAUUAGCUGGUUGUUGGUUUUCCAACAACUCCUCGUGACCACAUUUUCCACUAUAAAAAAAAAAUCCUGACACCCACAAACAUAUCUGAGCAGCACAAGCAUAACCUCAGUACUGAAAAUCAUGCCGAAAAUUCUCAACACUAAACAAGCGGGAAAUGCAUUUUAGAUUAGUGGAAGAUGAGGGUCAGUACAUUAUUUGUUUUAAAGCUAAUGGUUCUGAUGAGCCACAUCAGGCAGUUUGGGGAUGAAUGUCUUUUGUUGCCUUUGAAGCUUCCUUUAAAGAGAUUUGUUCUACAUAAGAAAUACUCGCUGGAGGACGUGUAAAUUUGAAUUCUGUUGGUAUAGUCUAAACUAAUAUCUUUGUGAAGGAAUUUCCACAAACCUUAAAAGUUGUUGAAAUUUCAGUGUCGUCUAAGCUCAUUGUUACAAAGUUGGCACUCAGUUCCUUAGCAAUUUGCUAUGAUACUAAUUUCAAGAAAACCCUAAUUGGACAUCCUGCUUCCAUUGUCAAGGUGGUCUACCAAAUUAUAACUUAGAUACUCCAACAGUGCAGCACCAUUUUACAAAAUAAAGAGCAGGAAUAUCAGGCACUAAAAGCAAAAUAAAUUAUUAAACUGAAAAUAACUAGGCUGGUCUUGUUUAAAUUGGCACAAUAUUUAAUACUUACAACAAGAAUAUAAGCACUAUCUACAAGAAAACGCUAACAAUACUCCUACUUACAAUCAUUCAUUUUCAUAUUUAUGAUUGUGAUUUUCAGACAUGACAGUAUUGUUUGAGCUUGAAAUGUUUAAAAAUGUAAAGCUUGUAUAUGCAGAAUUGAUUCUAAGAGUGUGUUUGGCUAACAAUGAGAGGAACACUGCUGCACCAUUAACCAUACAGCCUGACUCUGGAAAUCUAAUCUAUAAAGCCUAUUGUUGGGAAAUUUACAUUAAUCUGAUCUCUUUAGGCCAAAAGAAGUAUGAAUAGUUGUACUGUUCGAAGUUGGUUUACUUUGGCUUCCAACAGUGUUGUUAAAAAAAAUCUACUGAAAAAUGAACUUCAUAGCCUUCAGAUUAAGGCUUGUGUAAUUGAUGCAUGUUGGCUUUGAAGGCACCCAAGUUUUCAUCCCCAGGAAUGAAACUUUAUGUAGAGCAAAUUUUAUGUACUCUGCAUGACUAAAGGGUUUUCUUUCUUCGCUGAUCAACAUUAGAUAAUGGUGUUUGUUCUAGUCUCCAUGGUCUCCCGUUAUAGUUCUUUCUAUAAUGUAGAUGCAGACACACAUCCAUUAUAAGUCAGGUGAAAAAGUUUACCUGUGACAAUCGCUGGGAAAAUUUUUCUAACAGUGUUUUGGGAAACAGUGACUCACAAUGCUCUAUUUGUACUCUUCGAAAUGUGUGUCAUGCUAACAAUUCUGCCACUGAUCUGAGAGACAUUUGUGCAGAUUGCUUCAGGGUCACCAUGCCUGCUUAACAGAUACCACUUAUGCUAGGCAUUUCCCAUUUGCUAUUCAAACCCCCCUUAUUGAAGAUCAUAGCACUUAAUUUGAAGUAAUAUGUGAGUAGCCUGUGUCUACAGUAUUGUAAAGUUUUUCAUUUUACAGCUAGCAUACAGCAUCUUCUUCCCUAGACCAAAGCAGAUGGUUUGAUUUACUAAUGGUGCUUUUUUUUUUUUAUUUUUUUUUUUUUGGGAGGGGGGGAUUUUCAUUGUUUUCUAAACACCGCUAGUUUAUUUAAAUCAGUUUGUCCUUGUAUUUGUAUUUUUUUUUUAUUUUUAUUGUGAGUACUUUUAAGGAAACUGUCAAACCCUUUGUCUUAAAAAGGCUUGUUAUCUAAGGUGACAUUUCGUACUGAGAAGUAACAGUGCUUCAGAGAAUCCUGUGGAGGUUCUGUUCUCUUUUAACCUUUUCUUAAAUUCAUUGUAUUUAGCUUUUUUCUUUCUUUCUUUUUUUUUUUUUUUUUUAGUUUUUUUUUUAGUUUUUUUUCUUGUGAAAAAUCACUCAAAAUGUUUCAAAGCCUAGGCUCGUAAGCAGGUAUAGACUGAUGAUUGCUAAUUUCGUUUCUGUGCUGAGAAUGGCCGUCUGCAGUCAGCAGUGGUCCUCUGAUGGUCCCUUUCCAUUUUGGGAAUAAAGAGUGGCUGACCUUCUGCACAGCAACAGAUGGCCCACAGCCAUUGUUCUGGUGAAAAUGACAUGUUUUACCAGUUUGUGAUUGGUUAGAUCACAUGUAGAAAAGAGAUAAGCUUAUGUCUGCCUGAUAGUUAAUGCAAUCUUGGCCACUAACCAAAGAGCAAACCAAAAAAUAUAUGUAUGAUAGUUAUAUACGCUGCAUAGUCGAGUGUUGAGAGCAAACCCAAAUCCCAUCGCCAACGAGAAUCAUGAAACUAUUUUCCAGCCAAACAUCCACGGUCAUGACGAAAGGGGUACCAGUGCUUGAGUUCUUGCUAUGUUUUUUUUUUUUUUUUUCUUCUUUAACUAUGUAUGAACAAAAGAGAAAAUCUGCUUAACUGCAGUUAAGGUAAAUGUGACUUAAGCCAUAAACAUGUGAUCGUAGUGGUAGAAUGACUGGAUGUUUGAGCUCUUUGAAGAACAAAUGAUUUAGAAACGUCAGUUCUUAUUGAAUAGUCUGAACAGGAUUGAAUCUGUGCCUUGCCACAAGAAAUGCUAAUUUACCUGAUAUACCCCUUUUCUAAAGUCAUUUACAGGACAGAUACAUUGUGCAUGAAUCAGUUCAUUUUGGUCCAUAUGUAUUUACCAAGCAAUUGACACUUAUGCUUAUUAACACCACUUGUCAGGGUUCUCGCUUUAUAAAUGCAUAUAAUCUUUAACCUGUUGCUUUUAUGUGUGUUAUACUAUGUGUUAAAGUUUUAUGGAGUUAAGAAGUUAAAUGCAGUAGCAGAGGUGUUGCAUUAAAUAAAUGUAAUAUGCAGUUUUGACCAGAAGAGAUUGUAGCAGGUCAUAAAGGGACAAUCAGACGGCUUCAUACACGAGAAGCUACCUCUUGAAAUAAGUGAAUUAUACCUUCAACUAUUGAAUUUAACUUUUAAUUAGAUCGUGGCCAAAUGAAUCUUUUCAUUGUGCCAGCCACUCUGCAGUUUAAUACUGAAGUGCAUGCUAGACCACUUGUAGAUGUAGAAAUGUACUGCAUGGUGGUUACCUACAUGGAGAUCUGUAUUUCUGUUUAUAUAUUUUAUUUUUGUUUUAAACGUUAUUGUCUGGCAUGCACUUAAGAUGAACUUUCUUUUCUUUUUUUUUUUUAAUGUAAUCAAAAGAUAUUCUACAUAGAGGGGACUAGCAUACCAUAUCUUCCUCCUCUUUAAUGGGACUCAAAUAUAAGGCCUCAAAUAUUUCACUUCUGGGGAGUUUUAACCUUUUUAAUGGUGCUUUUAGACUGGUCAGGUGUAUUUUGAUUUUAUAUACUAAUACAUAUGUACAUAAAGGACAUAGUGGUGAUUUUAAACAUGGUUGAGUCUAACAAGAUUAGUAUCAGACAACUCAUUUUGACAGGAUAACUGUUCACUGUUUGUGUUCAGAUCCCAGAACGGCCAGGCAGUUACUCUGAGCUGUGAGCAUGAAUCAGAAAGAAGCGUUCACCAGAAUAGCUAUAGGACUACUUUAAGAAUUCACAGCUUGUCCUUAUAUCAAAGCUGACUUGCUUCAGGUAGUUUAUGAACACUGAUAUUAGUUAUAAAGUCUUCCAUUGCUUCUCUGCUUCCAACAUGUCCCCACUGUGUAAUAUGCAAAAGCAAUAUCCUUUUUAAAGCAGUUUGGCACUGCGGUCUGUUGCACAUCAUGUCUCAAAAUAAGUGCUAUCAGUGCUAUCAGGGAGUCAAGGAGAAGAGGAGGAUGAUUAUAAUGAUGAUGAUGAUGAUGAUUAUAAUGAGUAUAACUAAUAGACUUGUGAACAUUUGGAUACAUUGUGUGAAAAUGCUUCAGAGUUUGGCUUCUUGGUUUACUACAGUUCAUAGGCCCUGUAUCAGCUGAAGGCUGUGAGUUUCUGAGCCUCAUGGAUGUUUUGUUUGUGCAUUUGUCUACAUUUGUACUCCAUCCAUCUGCCACUUCACUGCAGCCAGUUCAAUGCUGUAUCUGUAUCAAAUAUGAAAGGCAUCCUGGGAGGGAUAUGCUGCUUCCCUGACAGCCACAGAGAUCUCUUCCACAUCCUCCUGUAUUGGGACUGCAGAUCAAAUUAUGACCAUCAGUGCUCGAACACACCGUACUGAAAGUAAUAUGUAUGUCUUAUUGGUGGAUUUCUGCUAUCGAACAGUCCCUGGAAUUCUGUUUGCUUCCAGUUCUCAUGUAUUCUGUGACAUGGCAAAAAAAAAAAAAAAGAAAAGUACAACUCAGGGUUUACUAGUAUUCAGCUAUGGCCACUUUGGACAUGCAAUGCAUUUUGUAUGUUCAAAUUUAAUCAUGCACUUUUACUUCAGGUUGGGGAAGCAAGUCCUCAGUCAAUGGUUCCCAAAAAAAAAAAAAAAAAAAAAAAAAACACUCUGCCUCAUGGGUGUCUGUAAAACACCCACCUUUUUUUCCAUUUUUACUUUCUGUAUCCAUGGGAUGAGCACAGGGCUUUAGCAUUGAGGAAACGCUGGAGAUCUUUGAGCUUUUUUCCAUGGAAGUAUCUCUCUGUAAUCCACUAUAUUAACAACCUCACAAACCCUACUGUGAACCUCAGAAAUUCUACUGUUUUAUACAAUUAUGAAGUACAUUAAAGCUAGCUGGUGCCAAUGCUGUAAAAGUUAACUCGCCAUUUCUGAAUUUUGUUUCAUAGCAUGAAAUAAUAUAUUUAUUCAAAUUAUAUAUUUUGCUCAUAAUCAUUCUGUGCUGCUUUUUUUUUUGUUUUUUGUUUUACAGAGCUUGUAAAUUGCUUUUUUAUGAUCUAUAAAUGACAAUAGGUGCACAAAAUGCAAAAUGCAUUUGUUCGUAAAAUAAAGAUGCUGAUUUGGCAAA